UAUAAUAAUUUUUGUUUGUUCAUCACUCUAUUAUGAAGUGAGAUAUAUAGUACGAUUGAAGCAUUUUUACUCAAUUUUUACUUUUACUCUAUUUUAGAAGAAAAAAUGAAAUAUUACAUUGGAGAUGUUCUAAUUAACAUAUUGAUUUUCUUUCUUGAAUAAACAAAUAAUCCAUUAAGAGGUAGUAAUCCUUUAUAUAUUAAUUCAAAAAUAUUACAACAUUGUUUUGUAGCCAUUUGUCACCAUGAAAUGAAAUUCAGAAUUCUUAGAGAUAUAGACUAGUCAAUCUUAACUUAUAUUAUACUUUUUAUUAAACUAACUAUUAAAUUGAUAAAUAAUUUACAAAAUAAUAUUCUCGCACUUUCCUUAAAUAAAACUACGAAAUUGCCUAAUAUGAUUAACGUAUAUAUGACAAUAAAUGAUUAAUGAAUAAUAAAUAUUUGAUAAUAAUUUUUGUAUCUUAGCUCUUUUUUGUUUAAUUUUAUAUUAUUAAAAGAUAUUAAACAACCACACUAAUCAUUAUAAUAAAAAUUAUUUUUUUCUCGUAUGUUAUAUUUUGAAUUUUUAAAAUGACUAUGAGUUACUAAAAACGUAAAAUGUCUCACACUAAAAUUUUGUGAUUAAUGGUUUAACUUUUUUGGUAAUAAAAAAAUGCAAAUGAUCAUAAAUCGUAUGAAUACGAAGUCUCAUUUACUAGACAUUCAUAUUAUAUAUUAAUAUAGUUUAAAAUUACACUAUAUAACUUAGAAAAUACUUAAAUAUGAUAAUUUCUAAAUUUGUAUUGAAAAAGUAUUGAAAAUUUAAUAUUUUAAUUUUGCAAUUUGCAAUAAAAGUCGCAUAUUAGAAAUUUUGUAUUUAUCAUAAGUAUGUUUUCUCAAUGAUAAAUAUUUAUAUUAAAAUAUACUAUAUAUCUAUGUUUAUGUCAUUAAAAAUUAGUUAUAUACCGAAAAAAUAUCGUAAAUUAACAAGAUGUAAUGUUUUGAUUUAUGUUUUUACUCUAAUUUAAUUGUAUUAUGCGGGUCUUAGCUUUACUAAUUAUAAUACUAAGUCCGUUAAUAAUGCAAUGCAAAUAAAGAAAAGUUUGUGUUACUUUUUGAAUUUUGAAAUAUUUUCAUUCCUUUGAGCCCUAACUGUCUCUCUCUCUGCUAUCUCCCGCCAAAUAGUACGAGUCGGAGAUGAGAAUCGCCGAGAUCUCCACGCCGGACUACCGCCAGCUUCACCGGGAAACCGAGUCUCACACUCACCAUCCUCUCCUCUCCGAGAUCGAGCUCCUAAUCCAGCAAUCGGAAUCCAUUUCCAAAGAUCAACCGCUACCGCAAACUCUCCCUCAUUCCCUCAGGCAAUCCCUAACUCGGCUGAGUCAACUCGCUCCUCUUCCCGGUAACUCCUUCAAGCUCACCAUAUGGAAGCUCAGCUUCCGCCUCUGGAACGCAUGCGUCGAUCUCUCCAACGCCGCCGCGCUCCAAUCCUCCUCAUCCUCCGCCGAGAGCAUCGCGAACCUCAGACAUGCUGCCGCCGAUAUGCUAUUUCUCGCCAGAGACGUCACCGGAGUUCCAUCUCCGACGAUCAAGUCCUCUCUCAUCUACUAUCGAACGGGUCUCGUGUGGCACGAUCUCAAAAAACUCGAUCUCGCCUCCGAUUGCUUCGAGCGAGCCACCGAGAUCCUCUCGAAGAUCGAUGUCGCGAAAAUCACCGAUGCAGGUGAAAGGAUACUGUUUCUUGAUCUUAACCUGGCGCGAUCUCGAACCGCCUGGGAGAUUUCCGAUAGGAAUCUGGCGGUUACGCUGCUUAAUCGAGCGAAGAAUAUGCUGUUUGGCUCACCGGAUCACUACAAGGCCCUCUCGAAUCAGUUCCUCGCGUUUGGUAAAAGCGCCUUGUCUAGAGAGGACGAUGAUUGCAGUCUAAACGAUGCUCUCAGGCUCAUGAAUGAGUCGCUUGAUCUUUGCGAGAAGGGGCUUGGUACUGCGAAAACUCGGGAAGACACCAUGGAGUUCAAGAGCAUGAGAGUCAAUACUCUGCGUUUUAUAUCAGCUGUUCAUUUGCAGAAGGGAGAGUUCGAGAGUGUGAUCAAAUGCGUGAAAGUUCUCAGGAGUGACGGAGCAGAUCAACACGCUUCAUUACCUGUGCUAGCGAUGAAGGCUUGGUUAGGGCUUGGUAAGCAUAGCGAGGCGGAGAAAGAGCUGAGAAGUAUGGUGGGAAACAAAGACAUUCCAGAGGCAGUGUGGGUAUCUGCUGUGGAAGCUUACUUUGAGGUGGUGGGGACUGCUGGAGCAGAAACUGCGAAAGGUGUGUUCUUAGGUCUGCUCGGAAGGUGUCAUGUCAGCGCAAAGACGGCGCUUAGAGUGGCUCAUCGGGUUCUUGGAGAGAGUAGGGGAGGAGAUAGUGGUUCGAGGAUUAGAGCGAAUGUUGUGGCUCAGCUUGUUUCAGACGAGAGGGUUGUUGCUCUCUUUGCUGGUGAAGCAGUGACUAAUGAAAGGAAGGCAAUACAUUCUGUUCUGUGGAACAGUGCUUCAGCUCAUUUCGGUGCUAAAGAUUUUGAGACAAGCGCAGAGAUGUUUGAGAAAUCGAUGCUCUAUAUUCCACAUGAUAUAGAAAAUAGAGUUUUCAGGGCAAAAGGCUUCAGGGUUUUGUGUCUUUGCUACCUCGGUCUCUCUCAGCUAGAUCGAGCUCAUGAAUACAUAGAAGAAGCUGAAAAGCUUGAACCCAAUAUUCACUGCUCUUUUCUUAAGUUCAAAAUCUACCUGCAGAGGAAGGAGCACAGUAGUGCCAUCAGUCAGAUCGAUGCAAUGUUGUCCUGCCUUGAUUUUUCUCCACAUUAUCUGUCCCUUGCAGCGCAUGAAGCUAUCUCUUGCCAAGCGCUUUCAGUUGCUGUUGCUUCUCUUUCCAAGUUCCUGAGUUUCUAUCCCUCAGGGAAAACCAUGCCAACCACAGAGGUCGUUGUCUUCCGUACCUUGGUCACUAUACUGACUCAAGACGCUGGCAGCGAAACAGAAGCUCUUAACUUCAUGUUGCAAGCUCAAAGCAGGGCAUCUAAGCUUGGGACAGAGUGUUUCUUUGGAUCAGGAGAAACUGGAAAGCGAGAACUGAAGUGGUUUGCUCUGACUUCCUGGAAUCUUGGGUCAAGAUGUGGGAAUGCAAAGAAGUAUGAGCUCUGUGGUGAAUUCUGUAGGCUGGCAUCAGACUUUUACAGCUAUUUGGAUACUGGUGAGUCUGGAGAAAACACAGUGAUGAUUUUAAGGUCCCUAGUAUUAGGUGUUACCGCUAUCAUUGCUUUGGAGAAGCAAAACAAGAACACACUGACUGAAACCCAAGUCAAACUCGCUGCAGAACUGCUCGUGAGAGCCGGAAAGAUUAUGUCUUCUUUGCUCUCGGAUGGUAAAGACUGUAUCAUGGAGCCAGAACUCAUCUUCAUGUACACUUUAACUGCCUAUGAAAUACACGGAAGGCUCAACAAUUCAGCAUUCCAGCUACUUGUGGUAAAAACCUUUGCUGGUUCCAAGUCUUGUAACUACAACUAUCUUCUCCAACUUGGGAUUUUCGCUUCUCAAAGCCCACGGUCCAACCCAGACGUGUCAACAUUUGCUCUUAACGAAUGCCUAUCCGCACUGAUCGCAUCUGCUUCACCAGAUUACCCAACCAUAGCUCUGAUAAUCCGGAAGUUGAUUGCUCUAUCCAGCGUCCACAAAGGCGAUACGGAGGACGGAGAAGCAAUCCAAAAGAUGUAUAAACAAGCAUACAGAAUCAUGGUUGGGUUAAAGGAAGGGGACUACCCGACUGAUGAAGGGAAAUGGCUUGCAAUGACAGCUUGGAACCGAGCAGCAUUGCCUGUGAGGCUAGGACAGUUAGAGACCGCUAAAAAAUGGCUGAGUAUCGGUUUGGAGAUCGCUGAGAAGGUUUCGGGUAUGGAUACUUACAGGGCUUGUAUGGAGGAUUUCUUGGGUGGUUUUCAGACGAAAGUUUCUUCUGAAGCAGCUGACAGGAUUUAGCUAAACUCGUAGUAAUGGUCUACAGAGUUUUACGGCUACAUCACACCUAAACAUUUGGGCUUUUGCUACUAUAAAGAUAUGAUCUGCACACAAAUGUAAAAUACCAAACACGGCAACAUUUAUUGUCUGAACACUAAAAGUCUAAAACCCACGAAAAUAUUAAUUUUAACUAGAUACUAUAACCAACUCUUCAAGACAUGUCCACACCAAAUCCACUACAAAGCGUAUUCUAACUGCGAUUAGCAAGAUCUUAACCAUCAUUCUUAGUUUGAUACUAGGCUGUUUCUCAUGCAAACAUUGUCUCUCCUCUAGUCACAUCAAUGCAUCCAAUUUCAAAUGAGAAGUCGUGCGAUUCUAACUAAGAACAAAUUUUAUUCUACUCUUAUAUCUUAUUGGUGUUAAGAAAAAUGUUAAAAAAUCUUAUUGGAGUUGUUAAAAAAAAAAAUACACGCCAUAACUAAGCUAAGCGCCCGCCCUUGGGAGAGGAAGACGAGUGGUGGCCUGAAGUUGCGGCCUAUAUUGACCAAGUUUCAUCAUAAGAGCGUUUACUUCUGAGGUGAGACGACUUGAUAAUAUUUUCCUUUGACUACUUGUAGAUUUAUAUCUUUGACCGUCUUAUCUUAAUCCCCCAUUUAUGUACUUUCUUCAAUAGUAAUUUCCGAAAGAAGUUAAUAAUACAAUAGAAAAUCAAUAAUCCAGAAGGUGUUACGUAAUACUAAGUCAGAUUAAUACGGAAACAAGAACAAUUUCACAUAUCGAAAACGCUCUCUCUCUAAAAAAACGCUCUCUAUAGAAAACCGCUAGGGUUGCCGGCGGCGCUUUCUCUUCGAGGUAGUCGCCGGUUGCCCACCAUCUUGUUUUCUUUUCUUUUCCCUCGCCGCUCAUCUCCUUCCUCGACCCUGCUUCCUUUCUCGGUGGCUCUGUUUCCUUGCGCCUCCGCGCGGGCUAGAUCUGGCGUGUUGGACUCGGAUCUCUGGAGAAGCAUGGCGGCGGAGUGGUUGAGCGGUUCCUUUGGGUGCGUGGAGUAGUGGGGGUUGCGGUCUGGUGUCAGAUCGGGACUUUGGUAGCGAGAUCUAUCAGUGGCGGAGCCAGAAAUUUUUUAUACCGGGGUCAUAAUUUUUUUUUUCAAAAACAUAAUUUAUAAACCAUUAAAAACUACAAAUUAUAACUUUAAUUUUUAAUGUAUUGUAAUUAUUUUAGUAGGAUUAUAUAUUUUGUGGAGUCAAAUUAUAUAUUUUAAUGGGGUCAAUAAUUUUUUUCUUAAA